AUGCAUAGCAUCCUCGUCGCCAUUACCUCUUACUUUCCAUCAACACUCGGCCAACAAACUACUGGCUGCGCGGAUCCCAGCAGCCUCUGUCCAAUUCCCCAUCAACAAACAGCAAUGGACAACCCACGGGGCGUCUCAUGCCACACAAACCCUCCUGAAUCGAUAACUGACCGGACGAGGUUCGGCAUCCGGGGAUGCAUCGUUUACGGGUACCCGUCUACUGGCGGCGUUCUCAUCAAGGGGCCCAUUGACCUUGUCGAUAUUACCUUCCUCUCGCUCCCACGUUUCCAUGUAGCGCAGCGCUCCCCAAGUGCCGAAGAGGAAGACAGAUUCUGCAAUCUCCUGCGACGGCUUGGUGCGACAUGGUGGCCAAGUAAAGAGGAGUAUAUCAUGGUAAAUAUGGGCUCCAGGGAGAAGACAGAGGAAGAGGAAAAGGUCCUGGUCCAAGACCAUGACAAAACCCGUGACAGGUCCAAGAUCAGGACCCGAACCCGUUUAUACAGCAUGUUUGUCUAG